CCCGUCAUGCACAUGCGCAGUGACAGCAACCGUUGAACGUUGGAUCCGCGUGAAGUAAGACAGACGAAGAAAAUCAAACGGGACGAAAUCAAAGAAUUUCAAGAGAAGAACGUAAACGAAUACCGGAGGUUUGAGAGGCGAUUUACCGGGAGUCUGACCGAGGAGGAUGGAGCAGCUGGAGCCGAAGAGGAUGGAGCAGCUGGAGCGUCUGAAAGAUGAAGAGAAGCAGGAGGAGGGGCAGUGUCUCCAUGACAACAGCGAUGGGACCAACAACAACAACAACAACAACCGCCCCAAGACGGUGUGUCCAGGUGCAGGUGAACAUCCUCUUCAGUAUAACUACACUUUCUGGUACAGUAGACGAACCCCCAGUCGACCGGCCAGUUCGCAGACGUACGAACAGAACAUCCGACAGAUCGGCACCGUGGCCUCGGUGGAACAGUUCUGGAAGUUCUACAGUCAUCUGGUUCGACCAGGAGACCUGAGUGGACACAGUGACUUCCACCUGUUUAAAGAAGGAAUCAAACCCAUGUGGGAGGUACAACCAUGCACCUUUAAACUAACACCUACACACCUUGAAACUAACACCUACACACCUUGAAACUAACACCUACACACCUUUAAACAAACCCUAACUGCACACCUUUAAACUAACAACCAUGCACCUUUAAACUAACAACUAUGCACCUUUGAACUAACCCCAACUACACACCUUUAAACUAACCCUAACUGCACACCUUUAAACUAACAACCACACACCUUUGAACUAACCCCAACUACACACCUUUAAACUAACCCCAACUGCACACCUUUAAACUAACAACCACACACCUUUGAACUAACCCCAACUACACACCUUUAAGCUAACCCUAACUACACACCUUUAAACCAACAACCACACACCUUUGAACUAACCCCAACUACACACCUUUAAGCUAACCCUAACUACACACCUUUAAA